AUGAGCGCUGAGGACGCGGAGGAGCGCGAGAUGGAGAUGCAAGCCAUCGAGGCCAUCUACGACCAGGACGCCCGCUGCGACCGCGCCGCGUCCGUCAUCGAGGUCCACGUCCCGGACCGCGCCCACCCACGAAAAGUGGUCCUGCGCGCACACCUUCCCUGUGACUACCCCUCCACCGCCGGCCCGGUCCUCGAAUUCCUCAGCCCGCACCUAGAUGCGGCGCAGCGUGAGUGGUGUUCGAGCGGCGCGUCGGACCUCGUCGUUCCCGGCGCGAGCUGCAUCUACCCCGUCGCGGAGUGGCUCCGCGAGCAGGAGCACCUGUGGGCGACGGACGGCGCGGAGCCUGCCGACGGUGACCCGGGGGGCGGCAAGCUGAGCGAGGAGCAGGAGGCCGAGCUCGCCGCGGCGGUGGAGAAGCACUGUGCGUUCGUGGACGACGUCGCGAGCACGAUCAUCACGGGCGAGCCAUUUACCGAGCGGAAGUCCACGUUCCAGGCGCACGUGUGUCCGGUGAAGUCGGCGGCGGAGGUGGACGCGUUCGUGGAGGCACUGUUCCGGAACAACAAAGUCAGGAACGCGACACACAACAUCCUCGCGUACCGGAUCUGGGUCGACGAGCGGCAGGCGUGGCUCCAGGACUGCGACGACGGCGUCGGGCCGGACGACCCCGGCGAGGACGCCGCCGGCGGGCGGCUGCUGCACCUCAUGCAGGUUGCGGACGUGAAGGACUGCGCGGUGGUGGUGACGCGGUGGUACGGGGGGGUGCUGCUGGGGCCGUCGCGGUUCGCGCUCAUAAACAACGCUGCGCGACAGCUGCUGGAACAGACGGGGUACAUCGUGCAGAAGGCGGGCAAGGCGGGCAGGGGGAAGUGA